GGUAUUUGCCCCGUGAAAAUCACCAGAAUUUUGUGAGCGGUUUCUUGAGUGGAAAAGUGCGUGCGUGCGUGCGUGAGCGAGUUGAAAAAGAGUUGUUUUUUUUUUGUGGGUAAAAUCCAGCAAAAGAAAGAUCUGCCUGACCCCCCCUCGAGAGUGCGAUAAUUUGUUCCUCCAUCUUGGUUUUUUCACACUCCGGAAAAAAAGGAGAGCAACGAAAAGAAGAGAAAGAGAGCGAUUCCCUCUGUCCCGUUUCUUCGUUCUGCCCAGUCCGUGUCUUCUUCCCCAUCUUCUCUUCACCUUUGGAGUGUGCGAGCGAAAAGGAAAGAGCGAGAGCGACCGUCGAAAAAAAUAAAGUUUGAAAAGAGGUCACACGGCCUACUCUGCCAAAAAUUUUGUCUCCUGAACAAAACGAAAAAGUAUUCCCUUUUUUGGCAAGUGUCACACAACUGUCAUACCAAACUGCGUUGGUAAACAAACACAGAAAUCAGCAGCAGAAAUCCCGUUGGAACGCACACCAAACAUCGCAAAAAUCGGCAGCUGAUAAGGGUGUGUGCGUGAGCACUCGUUGGAGGUAGAAGCGGCGGCCAGGAGCAGAUUUUCGGGGCCCGGCAGGAACGAGUUUCGAAGACACACUGUACGCGAACGAUUACGACUACGGUACGGUACCGUACGGCGGCACCAUGGACGCGGAACACGGCGUCGGAAGCGACUCGCUAGGGGGGAUGCCGGGGGGCGUGCUGGUCGUGGAGGAGGAGGGCGAGGAGGCGGUGGAGCUGCCGCUGGAGGACGACGGCACGCUGUCGCUGUCGACGCUGCAGGCGCAGUUUUACGGGGCGUGCGGGCUGAAGUACCGGAACCCGGAGAACCGGGCGAUCCGGGGGGUGCGGUUGAACGACAACAAGUUGCACCCGUUUGCGCCGGAGCAGGGCUGGGGGAGUCACAUUUACAUUUGUGUGUUUCCGAAGGAGAACAAGCGGAAGAGCGAUGACAAGUUGGAGAACUCGACGCCGAAGACGAAGCGGAUUGAGAAUAGGAAUAGGACGACGACGGAUUUGAUUGUGCUGGGGUUGCCGUGGAAGACGACGGAGGAGGGGUUGCGGGAGUACUUUGACGUGUUCGGGGAUUUGCUGGUGGUGCAGAUAAAGAAGGACGCGAAGACCGGGCAGAGCAAGGGGUACGGGUUUAUCCGGUUUGCGAAGUUCGAGUCGCAGAUGAAGGCGCUGUCGAAGCGGCAUUUGAUUGAUGGGCGUUGGUGUGACGUGAAGGUGCCGUCGAGCAAGGAUCAGAUGCAGCACCAGAUGCCGAGCAAGAUCUUUUUGGGGCGGGUGACGGAGGACAUGACGGCGGACGAUAUCCGGGAGUACUUUAGCAAGUAUGGCGAGGUGACGGACGUGUUUAUUCCGAAGCCUUUCCGGGCGUUUGCGUUUGUGACGUUCAUUGAUCCGCACGUGGCGCAGAGUUUGUGCGGCGAGGAUCACCUGAUCAAGGGGGCGUCGGUGUACGUGUCGACGGCUUCGCCGAGGCCGGAACAUAACCGGAACCAGCAGAAGAACCAGAUGGGUGGAAAUUUUUCCAACUACGAUGAGCGUGGAAGGGGUGGUGGAUCUUCCGGGUCGGAUUACGGUGGCCAGCAGAGCCACUCGAACAUGAACAGCAACUAUCACCACGGUGGAGGAGGUGGUGGCGGCGGCGGAGGGUACAACAGUAUGCCCCAGCAGAACCAGCCGAUCUGGAACUACAACGAGUACUCGCAGCAGAGCCGGCAGAACCAGAACAGCAACAUCGACAGUAUGCCGAACCUGCAGGCGCUGGGGUUGAACUCGACGGGUCCUGGUCCUAACGGGGGUCAGGGAAACGCCGGGGGCCUCCACGGAGGCCACCAUGGAUCAGCGCCGGGCGCCGGGAUGGGUGGCAAUCACCUGAGUGGGGGUGGAGCGGGAGCUGGUGGUAAUAGCGGCGGCGCUCCGGGAGUCAUCGGAAACCACGGCGGCCCGGGUGCCGGCGGGAACAUGAACCUCAACCAGAUGCCCAUCAAUCCGGCCAUCAUCGCGGCCGCCCUCAGCCAGUGGAGCCUCAUCGGCAACCAGAUGCACAACAACCCGCAGGGUUCGGGCGGUCCCGGAGGACCGGGCGCCCCUGGCCAGGGCGGUGGCAACGCCCCGGGCGGUCCCGGCAAUCCCGCCGGUGGCCCCGGCUCCGGAGGCCCCGGCGCCGGCCAGGAAUAUCUGCCCUGGAACGGAUCAGGUAACGGAAACGCGGCCGCCGGAGGACCGGCCGGACGAGGCGAACAGAACCGACAGUAGAACCCCGUGCGCGCCUCUCCACAUGCUUACACACUGAAUUUGUAACGCACGCACCCCCCCUUACACACACACACUAAACACAAAAACGACGAAAAGUUGAGAAUUAAGGGACUUUCUUGAUUUUUCAUUUGCGAAAAAA